AUGAGUGAUGAUACAGAUCCACAAUAUAACGUAAAGGUUCAUGUAUAUGACCUUUCUCAAGGACUUGCAAGAGUAUAUGCCCCCAUGCUUCUUGGGAUAAAUCUUGAUGCCAUCUACCAUACUGGAGUGGUAGUAUAUGAUAAGGAGCAUUAUAUAGACCAAGGAGUUAAAGAGAACUACCCCGGUAACACCAAAUACGGGACCCCAAUAGAAGUUAUAGAUGUUGGAUCAACCUAUAUAAGUCCAGAAAUCUUUCAGGAGUAUUUGGAUGAGUUGCGGGUAGAUGAAAAGUAUCAAGCUCAUAAAUAUGAUCUAUUUGAAAAUAAUUGCAACCAUUUUACUGAUCAUAUGUUAGAGUUUCUUGUAGGUAAGAAUCUAGAAUCUCGGAUUCUUGACUUACCUAAGCAGGUUUUAAACUCUCCUAAUGGGCUUCUUUUGAAGCAAAUGAUUGGUUCCCAACCCAUUGCUUAA